AUGCUAGGAUUCGCCCAUGAAAGGCGUGUUGCACCGGAGUACACUUUUGUCGAAAAACCUGCUGGUCGUGGGAAGACUAGGUUUUUGUGUGAAGUCCGUGCUGAUGGUUUUAAUUACGUCGGAAUUGGAAAUUCAACGACAAAAAAAGAUGCCCAGACUAAUGCAGCAAGGGAUUAUGUAAACUAUCUUGUACGUGAAGGCGAGAUUCCUGCUUCCUCUGUUCCCGUGAUUCAGCCUGGUAAUAUCGUGCCCGUCGAAUCAGCAAAUUCAUUUCAACCUCUAAAUUCUGAACAGAAGGUGACAACUGAGUCACGGACAAGUUCAUUCGGUCCCGGGGGUAGCUAUAUUAGUAGCAUUUAUGAUCAAAAGAAACUAGAAGAGGCAGAGGAGGUAGAUUUAACGUCUGAUUUGCAUGGUGGAUGGUCGCUUGAAAAUGCUAAGGGUCGUUUAAAUGAAUACUUGCAAGCAACUCGGCAGCAGAUCGGACAGGUGAAAUAUACCCCUGUGGGUCCAGACCAUGGCAGGAGUUACAUAGCCGAGAUGACCGUCGUCGCAAAGAAGCUUCGGAAAAACCUAUAUGCUCGAGAAGCAGGAUCAAAUAAACAGCUGGCAUCUCGUGCUUGUUGCUUAUCAUUGGUUCGUCAGCUUUUUCAUGCUGGAGAAAUUGAAGCAUACACCGGUGAAAAAAAGAAAAAGAAACACUGUGAGGUUGCAGUAUUCGAUGUCUGUCUGAAUAAAAAAGUUGAAGAGAAUUUGACCAGAGUGCUGGACAGUCUGGGUUUGCCAGUUAAUUCGGAGCCUCCCGCAAAUCUUCCACCAGACCAAGUCUACAAUAUGAUCACCAAAUAUAAUUUGGUGGGUUUCGAUGACGCUCCGAAACAACAACCUCAGUCAGUUGCUUGGUGUCCACCACAACCUAACUGGAAUCCAUGGACUGCCUGCAAUAUUGAUGAGGGUCCAGAGGCUAAUCAACCAUUAUUCAACAUCAGCGCUAGCUUAGCAGAGGCACGAUUGCAUCGGCUUGAUAGUGACCAUGAGUUACGAUCCUUAAUAGACGAACGUUCUCAGUUACCUGUGAGUCCGUACAAAUCUUCGAUAUUGGAAGCCAUAAAAUACAACAGAGUCACAUUAAUUCGAGGUGAAACUGGGUGUGGAAAAACUACACAGAUUCCCCAGUUUAUUUUGGACUCUUAUUUGGAAUCGGGAAUGGGUGCAGAAUGUGCCAUUCUAGUAACACAACCUCGACGUAUAUCAGCAAUUAGCCUAGCCGAACGCAUCGCAUACGAAAGAGGAGAAACAGUGGGGACUUCUGUUGGGUACUGUGUGCGUUUUGAAACUGUAUAUCCUCGACCAUAUGGUUCUAUUCUGUUUUGCACAGUUGGGACAAUGGCACGCAAAAUGGAAGGGGGUCUUCGAGGAGUCUCUCAUAUAAUCGUUGAUGAGAUACAUGAAAGAGAUGUUAAUACUGACUUUAUGCUCAUACUACUUCGUGAUAUGAUUCGGGCAAACAAAGACCUUCGAGUUGUCCUCAUGUCUGCAACCAUUGACAUCAGUAUGUUCAACGACUACUUUGGUGAAUGCAUGAUAUUGGACAUAGAGGGUCGGACUCAUCCCGUUGAAUAUUAUUUCCUCGAAGACUGUGUGAAGAUGGUCAACUUUGUACCCCCACCUGUCGAGGAGAAGAAAAAAAAACGGCGUCAAGAAGUGGAGAACACCGCGGAUAACUCUGAGGAGAAUUGCAACUUAGACUGUGACCCAGCCUAUGGUGAUGCAGUGAUUCAAGCAAUGAAAGAUAUUACAGAAAAGGAGGUACCUUUCGAGCUUGUUGGUGCUCUUCUCGAUAAAAUAGUAAGCAUGAGCAUUCCUGGUGCAGUGCUGAUUUUUCUUCCUGGUUGGAAUAUCAUAAGUCUUCUACGCAAAUAUUUACAGUCACACCCUAGAUUUGGCGGUCCCGAUUUCUUUAUUUUACCACUUCAUUCACAAAUUCCUCGCGAAGAUCAACGCCUGGUUUUCCGUCCAACUCCUCCUGGAAUAAGAAAAAUUGUUUUGGCAACUAAUAUCGCCGAGUCCUCCAUUACAAUCAAUGAUGUCGUCUUCGUGAUUGACUUUUGCUUAUCACGUACGAAGCUUUUCACUGCACGAAACAACCUAACAGCAUACAAUACAUCAUGGGCAAGCAAGACAAACCUUGAGCAGCGUCGAGGUAGAGCUGGUCGUGUUCGUCCAGGAUUUGCUUUUCAUCUCUGCAGCCGCUCACGCUAUGAACGUUUGGAUCAACACGCUACUCCAGAAAUCCUUCGUACUCCGUUACAUGAGUUGGCACUACUUAUUAAGCUUUUGCGUCUUGGUCCUGUCAGAGACUUUCUGAUGAAAGCCUUGCAGCCUCCGCCAUUAGAUGCAGUAAUUGAAGCUGAGCAUACUCUAAAAGAAAUGAAGGCUUUGGAUGGCAAUGAUGAGUUAACUCCUUUGGGAUUCAUUUUGGCUCGACUUCCAAUUGAACCACGUUUGGGGAAGAUGUUAGUUUUUGCAUGCGUGUUUAAUUUAGGAGGAGUAGCCGCUGUUCUUUCAUCAAUCGCAAGUCUCGGCCUUGAUCCAUUCCUACUGCCACCGGAUAAUCGGAGACUCUCAUACCACCAACGAAGCUUUGGAGCGGGGUAUUCAAGUGACCAUUUAGCCGGUUUGAAUGUCUUUCAGGUGUGGGCUUACGAGCGUACUCGCCAUGGAGAUGAAGCAGCUGAUAUGUUGUGUGAGCAUCAUGGCUUCAAUAGUUCUGCCUUACGAAUCAUCGAUGAUGCUGCAAACCAACUCAGAGGUAUUCUUAUCAAUUUGGGUUUUCCUGAAGAAUCGUUAUCUGAUGCUCCGAUUAAUUUCAAUGUCAAGCAUAAUGUCGACUGCGACAUAGUUUGCACGUUAUUGAUUUCUGGGUUAUACCCUAAUAUCUGCUAUCAUUCGGAAAAACGCAGACUACUAACUAUGGAGGGCACUUUAGCACUUAUACAUAAAGCCUCCAUCAACUGUUUCAAAGACACGAAGUUCACUUACCCGUUUUUCAUUUUCGAUGAGAAGAUUCGUACUCAAGCAGUCUCUUGUAAGGGUCUGUCAAUGGUAAAUCCAAUACAGUUGAUGCUUUUUGGUUGUCGCACAGCCGUUUGGAGGAACGACGAUUCAGGAGAGAAAGGAACUAUUAUUAUCGAUGAUUGGAUUCCUUUCCGUAUGGACUAUACUUCAGCUGCUCGAAUUUUUGCUCUCCGUCCGGCUUUAGAAGCAUUACUUGUGCGAACAUGCUUACGACCUGAAGGUGUCACUGAUCUACAAGAAGAGGAUCAGCGCGUUAUUGAUGUUCUCCAUCAACUGUGUUCUCCGGAGGCCUUAGAUCCAAACGCUAGUUUUGAUGGGAUGACUUGUACUGAUUCUCCGCCCAAAAAGAGGUUUGCUGUAGCGAGUAAUCAUCCAUUACUUUCUGGUCGAUCGCGUCGUAAUACGGCUAAUGAAGAUCCGUACUCUGAGAAGCAAAAUUAUGGGCGCUACGCCAAUCAGUUCAAUCGUUUCAGUGGUCCAGAUGUAAGAUCCGGUGGUCAGUCAGGUUAUUGGCAAGACUCAAAGACACAGUUUUCAAAUCAGCGGUAUUACCAGGCGCCAACAAAUCGUUUUCCCGGAAACUUUAUGGGAAUGCGGUCUUUUGGUGCUAACAAUGUGAGAAAUAAUUAUAAUGAGCCGAUGUGGGAAUCACCUCCUAUAUCAAAUUUUGGUGUACCUCCACAUCUUCCCCGACCAUUUCCUAAUGAACAGUUUAUCCAACAAAGACCAUCUAGACCUACUUGGGGAAAUCGUUUCUGA